CAGUGCAGCUCAGACCGUGUUACAGAAUACUUGCGCUGUCUUUCCUAUUUGUCGAUGCUGUAAGCCAUUUAUUUUUGUGUUGCUGUUACUAUUUUUUUUUGUUUAUUUAUUAAUAUUAUUAAAUAAUUUGAAUAGAAAAAAAAAUUAUUUCAAGGCUAGCUAUCGACUAUGAAACUGAAAAUAGAAACAAUUUGAACUAGACAAGUGUUUUAUAAUAAUUUUUUCAAAUUAAUCGAAUGGUUUAAAGGUGUUUAUAACCAUAUAGUCGAUUGGAGCUUACAGUUAUAAUAUAUAGUUUGAUAUUUAAUAGAUUGUGAUAAUUUGUUUUGAAAUAAUAAACUCAUUAAUUAAUGAAUUGUUUGAAGAAAUAAUAAUAAUAAAAAAAUGAAACGAAAAAUUCUUUAAUUAUUGGAUGUUAAACAAAGUGAGGUUGGUUAAUGCAAAAAGCAAUUCACUUAAUAACGAUUUAAUUAUUAGUAUACUACACCGUGUGUUUGGGUGCUAAUUGUGAGGCCACAAUUUAUUAUUUAAAAAAAAAACAGCAGCAACACAUCGCGUUUAACAAGAAAAAUCAUUCCGGUCCAAUAAACAAAAGAUUUUUUUAUUCCCCGUCGAUUAAUCGAAAAGUGUUCGCUUCCGAUAUUAAACGCUGUUGUACACACAAAACUGAUUGACAGAUAUGUGCUGAACAUUUUGAUAAUAGGAUUUUUGAUUCGAAUUCAUGAGGAUGGCGACAAUGAAACAAAUUUUGAUUUUUAUCUUUAUGUUGUACAAUCAAUUUCCAAUCAACCAUGGCCAUCCGAUUCCAAAGAACGAUCUCAUCGAUGGAAGAGAAUUCUUAUCGAUAUUCUUAAAUCAAAGACACACCGACAGCGACAGACAUUCGAUUGCAACCGAUGAUGAUGAAAAAGCACGAAAAGUCACCAGAAAUGCAUCGUCGGUGGCGCCGCGACAAGGGGAGAAAAAGCUUUUGUUUAACGAUGACGAUAUGUUGCCGGAAAGUUCUAAUUACUAUGGCUACAAUGGGCUAACCAGUACAAGUACAUUAGACGUACGGACGACAUCUAAUGGCGUAGAAGUGACGACGAAACGAAUCAGCGAUGAACCGAAGGAUGUGACCGACUUUGAGGAUUCGGGAAAGAAUAUCGUAAAAUUUAUAACUUCAGGCAGUAAAAUCGUUUUUCUGGAAGAUAUACCAACCGAAGCAGACAGUCAAACUAAUGAGAGAUUCGUUGACGAUCACCGCAACACAAAAACGACUCACUCGAAUCGGGAUGAAAUUAAAGUGAUUUCUGUGAGCAUAAGUUCGUCCGAGACGAGGUCGGAAGGUAAACUAUCCGAUAAUGGAAACAAUUCAACACAAUCAUACGACGACAAUGACAACAUUCUCAUAACCGAAGCGAAAAAGGGAGAUUUUCCUAUCGAAGAAGAGAAGGAGAUAAAACCGCACGAAGAUUCAGCGAAAGAAGGAUCUAUGCGAAUACAAAGAAUCGUAUCGCCACCGAAACGUAUUCAAGACGAUGCGGAAGAAACGUUCGAUACGCUCGAAACAGUCAUAAUUCACGAUGAACAGUAUCAGAAAGAGGGCAGCGCAAGACCCAGAUCCGUAUCACACAGUUCACUGGCACAAAUUACCAAUCCAGAUUUCUGGAAUAUGGAAAAUAUAUCCGAAUUUCGAAGCAAUAGAACAACAAAGCAACAUGUUAGUGAGCUAGCACCACGAUACUCCGACGGUGCAGACACUUAUAACGAUCGAACGAAAAGUUACUCUGAAGCGUCUAAAGUUUACAGUGUACCAUCCAAAUUUUAUUCACAGCCGUCGAAAGUUUACUCAGAACCAGCCAAAGUAUACGGUCGACCCGAGAAAGUAUACAGUGUACCGUCGAAAGUUUACUCCGAACCAUCGCGAGUGUAUUCUGAACCAGCUAAAGUCUACUCAGAACCAUCAAAGAUAUACGGUGAGCCAUCUAAAUUCUAUGGCCAACCAUCCAAAUUUUACGCCAAUCAAGAUCAAUCGACAACAACAAAACCGAAAAAAGUUAUUUUCAAUUUGGACAAGCUACCUUAUGACUUGCUCAACGCACCUACCAGAGACCUAUUAACCAAUAAUCAUCGCACCGAGAAUCGCUUCAGCCACUUAACGAUGAAGAUACAAAGAAAUCCAGAACUCACAACGGAAAAACCGUAUUUCGAGACUACAACCGUCGACUACAGUCCAACGCCAGAACAAAACUACGAAAUUGAUGAAACAGUCAGUGUAAUGACCAACGGCAGACAGCAUGGUGUUCAAAUACCAACAAAUUCGCCCAAUGUUACACCACCACCUGCAACAUCUAGUCAAGACGAUCCAGAUCCACAGGUUGGAUAUGUCGUCGAAGGGCGAAAUUUCCGAAAAUACAGAGUUGAGGAGAAAACAGCCGAUGGAUUUAUCGUUGGCGAAUAUGGCGUUGUUAGUAACGACGAUGGCAGUUUAAGAGGUGUUAGGUACACAGCUGAUUCGGAUAUCAAUCCCAAUUUGAUAUACGAAGCACUGAUGAAGUUUUUUUUAAAUCUCUAAAUUUCUAUGUUGUCUCUACGAAUCUUGUGCAUACUUUAUUCCAAAGCUUAUUUUUGUUAGAUUUCUAUGGAAAUUAUCUUUAAAAUGACCUGUCACAAGUAAAACAUGUUUUGACAUUCUUGACGAGUCGAAGGUCUAUGUUUUACAAAUACCUUGUAAGCAAUUGAUUUUCUUACAAAUGCGUCAAGAUUUAAGGUCUCUUUAAAUAAAACAAAAAUUAAAAAAAAUUCAACAAAGCUAAGAAACUGCUUUCGCAUAAAGUAGGAAAAUAUUUCAUCCGAGUUAGUGUCGGAUGGAAGAAACAAAGUCACAAUUAUUUCAGCACUAGUUACAAAAAAAUAUUGUUUAAAAUGUGUGUUGAAAUCGGUGUUUUACGCGUACAACAAACACACUUCGACACCGCACCACUUUACAAUUGAUAUCCAGAUUUAACCCAUGAUCUAAUCUCUGAUUGGGAAGAAUUUAAACAGAUAACCCUAGAUUUGAAUUAGAUGUUCUCGUUGUAAGAAUUAGUAAAGUAGCUCCCAUUCAUUUUGAAUUAUCUAUUCACCACAUACGAUGAAUGACAAAGAAUACUUGUGAAAUGAAGGCAAGAGAUUUCUGUUUUAAAAACUUUUCUUUAAUCAUCUCUAAUAGCUUAAGUACCUAAGCCUUUAGACGAUAAUACUGAGGAGGUUAGAUUUGAACGAUAGACAUUGAUAAAUAUAUCACCGGAUUUUCCCUCCUACAAUCUUCCCUUUUAAAAUUUGCAGAUAAUGUAACGCGGACAGAAUUCGAAAGAUUUUCCUUUUUACAAGACACUAUUUGAACAACUUCAUACGAUUUGCGUUUUUGAUGAUAUCGAUUUGGUUUUUUAGUGUCAUCAAAAAAUAUCUUUCGAGGACAUCGGUCUCGCUUUUCACUGGCAAUCAUUGUAGUUCUUUGGGGAUAUCAAACUGGAAAGAUAUCAUUUUUUUUUGAGGUAAUCCUUUAUGAGGACAUCAUCUCUUGAGACAAUCGGUCGAUGUCGUUCAUAUUCUACUCGAAUAUUAAAGUAGACUCAACCAUUUUCUUUUCUAAUCGUUUGCUUAUUGGUUAAAUUUGGACCUUUUUUGUGUUGUGCGUUUUUAUUCUUCGACAGUAAGACGAAUGUCUUUAUUUUGAAACACAGUCGCCAUAUUUAAGAAUAAAU